CUGCACGACACACGCACACACAUAUAUAUGUAUGUAUGAAAAAACAAAAAAGGGACGCUUUUGACUCGACAACCUCUCAUACGCUGCACGUUUUUUUUUGCUUUUUUUUUUUUUUUUUUUAAUUUUUACUGAACGUCAGCGACUGCCCGGGGAGGGUGUGCAUUUGUUCCUUUACCACGCCGCGAACGAAGGAAAAGGUGGACAUGAGAAGGUGCCGUGCGUGAAAAGAACCAAAUGUAUCUUUAAGGCCUCAUCACUUCUGUGGACAAUAUGUUAAAGCCCAUCUAACCUCAGUUGCUCCUCUACAGUCCCUUCCCCUUAACCCCAUCGUCAUAAUGACCAGUCUCAAGCGUUCCCAGACAGAGCGUUCUGUUGGAGGCUCAGUGCCAGCUACUGAUGAGUUCUAUACUCGCCGUUUGCGUUUGCCCAAUGGAGGGGCACCACCGCCCCGUAGUGAGAGCGCACACAUUUCUUCCUCCUCCACCACUGGCACCAACCCCGGAGUCCCUAAGAUGGGAGUUCGAGCUCGAGUGGCUGACUGGCCCCCUAGAAAAGACGGGGGAGGAGGAGGUGUAUGGCAUAUCACAGUGGAAACAGACUCACCCAGCUCCACCACUACUAGCUCUUCUGGAUCAGGAAGUGGAGAUCGAGAAAGACUUGUGGGAAGCGGCGGUGGCGGUGGUAGUGGAGGGGGGGUCUCAGCCGUCACAGCCCACAGCAAUUUGUCGGCCAAGCUGGGGCACCUAAUUAGCCCCCAGGACUCGUCCAUGCUCCGCAAUAUCCAGAACACACUGAAGAACAAGAUGCAAAUGAAGGGAAAGGACAACCGUUUUUUGUCGCCCGAUGGCUAUCUUGGGUCGCCUCGUAAGAGUAUGAGACGCAUCCGACAGCGGAGUAACAGUGAUAUAACAAUUAGUGAACUGGACGUGGAUGGUAAUGAGGGCUGGUCUUUCUCCGGGUGGACUCCCAUGCACCGAGAGUACGGCAGCACUUCAUCCAUAGAUAAACAUGGGGUCUCAGGGGAGAGUUUCUUUGACAUGCUCAAAGGAUAUCAGUCUUCUGAGGCUCCUGAUCAACGAAGUCCUGCACCAGAAAGGUUGACAGAGCUGCUUACUGUCGCACCUGUGAAACAAACUGCCCUGGAUUUGCCCGAUGGCUCCUUGGGACCAGCCAGGGGUAGUCCUGCCAGUCGUCUUAAAGAACGAGAGAAGCACUUGAAAAGAAGGUCAAAGUCUGAGACAGGCGGAGAGUCAAUAUUCCGUAAAUUGCGCAGUGUGAAGGUGGAAGGUGACGCUUCAAGAGCUGGGUCAGAUGCUGAGGAUGGAGGAAAAGGAGAUGAGAGUUUACCCCCUCCUAAACCUUGGAUGUGCCAAAAAGGCUUUGCCCAUUUUGAUAUCAACUCAUUACUCUUUGACCUCAAUGAGGCCAUCCAAAGCCGGCAGUCAGGAGCCAAACGCAAGAACACCACUACGGGUGCCUCAGCUGCUGCUGCUGCUUCUGCUUCGGCCACAUCAUCCCUCUCCUCAAGUCAAAGUGUAGUGUAUGUAUCACCCUGUGGCUCACAAGAGGAGCUGAGCAAGGAGGGGAUAGGAGGACAUGGGGCCAACCCGGCCUUGGACCCAGGCGACGACAAGAGCAACGACCUUGUGCUCAGCUGCCCAUGUUUCCGGAAUGAGAUUGGUGGAGAAGGUGAGAGAAACGUCGCUCCAGCUAAACAGCAGGGCAGCAUUGGCAGCGGUGGGAGCUCAAGCAAUUCUACUGGUAGUCCAGAAGAAGGACCAUUAGAGGCUACCCUCACAAGUCAUUUUACCAAUGCAGGUGUAGCAGUCCUGGAGGCCACAAAAGAUGGCCCAAGUCAACAUGCCGACCGGUCCAAAAGAUAUAUCAUGGAACAUGUUGACCUCGGAGCCUAUUACUAUCGAAAGUACUUUUACCUCCGAGAACACUGGAACUACCUCGGGUUGGACGAGAACUUAGGCCCUGUGGCAGUGAGUCUCAGGAGGGAGAAGCUGGAGGAACACAAGGAGCAUGGUCAGCAGUACAACUACAGGGUCAUUUUUAGAACGAGUGAGUUAAACACCCUGCGUGGUUCCAUCUUAGAGGAUGCAGUACCUUCCACAUCGAAACAUGGUUUGGCAAGAGGCCUGCCCCUCAAAGAGGUGCUUGAGUACCUGGUGCCAGAGCUGAAUGUUCACUGCCUGCGCCUGGCACUCAACACUCCCAAGGUCACUGAGCAAUUGAUGAAGCUGGAUGAGCAGGGGCUGAGUUUCCAGCGGAAAGUGGGAGUGAUGUACUGCAUGGCAGGCCAGAGCAGUGAAGAAGAAAUGUAUAACAACGAAUCAGCUGGUCCAGCACUGGAAGAGUUUCUCCAUCUUCUUGGGGAGAGGGUUCGACUCAAAGGCUUUUCCAAGUACCGGGCCCAGCUGGAUGCCAAAACUGACUCAACUGGCACUCACUCUUUGUAUACGACUCACAAGGAUUACGAGAUCAUGUUCCACGUGUCAACCAUGCUUCCCUAUACGCCCAACAAUAAACAGCAAUUGCUGCGGAAGCGCCACAUUGGGAAUGACAUCGUCACCAUUGUAUUCCAGGAACCUGGAGCGCUCCCCUUCACCCCCAAAAACAUCCGUUCACACUUCCAACAUGUCUUUGUGGUUGUCCGGGCACACAACCCUUGUUCAGAUAAUACCUCUUACAGUGUGGCAGUCACCCGUUCUAAAGACAUGCCUUCAUUUGGACCACCUAUCCCGGAGGGCGUGACCUUCCCUAAGUCCUCUGUGUUCCGGGACUUCCUUCUUGCCAAGGUCAUCAAUGCAGAGAACGCUGCCCACAAGUCUCACAAGUUUCGCGCCAUGGCCACACGAACACGCCAAGAGUACCUGCGCGACCUGGCCGAGCGGCACACCACUAGCACGCCCAUCGACCCGUCUGGUAAAUUCCCCUUUAUCUCACUGGCCCACAAAAAGAAGGAGAAGAGCCGACCGUAUGCGGGAGCUGAGAUGCGCAGCCUUGGGGCGAUUACAUGGCUCGUCCAUGCAGAAGAUCCAGGGACUGGAGGAGAGAUAGAUGCCGUUCUCGCUAUCUCCAAUGAUUUCCUCCUACUGUUGGACCACGAUGCUAAAGCUGUGGUCUUCAACUGUGCUACCAAAGAUGUGAUUGGCUGGACGCUGAGCAGCCCGGCAUCUUUACGGAUUUUCUACGAGCGGGGAGAAAGUGUGUCGCUAAGGAGUAUCAGUAAUAACACAGAAGAUUUCAAAGAGGUGCUCAAGCGUCUGGAGUUCCUGACAAAAGGCUGUGAGACAUCUGAAAUGACACUCCGUCGAAAUGGCCUUGGACAGCUCGGCUUCCAUGUAAACUACGAAGGCAUCGUUGCUGAGGUGGAGCCGUACGGCUACGCGUGGCAGGCAGGACUUCGCCAGGGAAGUCGCUUGGUAGAAAUCUGCAAAGUUGCAGUCGCGACACUGACUCACGAGCAAAUGAUUGACCUGCUGCGCACCUCGGUGACCGUGCGUGUUUCCAUCAUCCCACCGCACGAUGAUGCCACGCCGCGCAGGGGCUGUUCAGAGCUCUAUCGCAUGCCUAUGGCGGACUACAAGAGCAGCAGUAAUGAUAGCGGCUCCUUUGAAUACAAGUUCCCCUUCCGCAGCAACAACAACAAGUGGCAGAGGACAUCCAGUAGCCCCCAGCAAUCACUGACUGCCUCGCCACAGCCCCACACGCCCAACAGGGCCAUCAGCCUGGGGAGCUCAGUGGGGAAGACCUUGUCGGCUGAGAGGCUGGAGAGAGGCGCAGUCAUCCCACGCAGUGUCAGCAGUGAUGGUCGCCCACUGGACACCAAGAGGAUAUCUCCAGGCAGCGAGAGCUACAGCCUGGCCUCCUCUCUGGCUCUGGGGCGCUCUCCUCACAAUCGCAGCUCGCCCAGUAACCUGUCGUGUUCCAGCGACGCCUCCGGCAGCUCGGCUCACUGGAGACAGAAGUCCAUGCCUGAGCAGUUUGCAGGGACUCGCCACUCUCCGAUGUCCAAUGAGAGACAGGUUGUUGGAGAGGGCGGUUCAAGUGGAAAGUCCACCCCCAAUUGGUCCCGAAUGGAAGAAGGAGCGGUUGAACGAGGGUCAACAGAGGCACCAGUCUCUAAAUCUGGUCAGGGCUACUCUGGAGGACCUCGCAUUCAAAGACAGGAGCAGGUCAUCCAUCUGUCCCCAAAGAAAAACAGUCAGUCGGACGGCCCUUACUCUGGCCACUCCAGCAGUAAUACUCUUUCAAGCACAGCUUCCAGCGGGGGCCACAGUGACAGUGAUAAAUGGUACGAAAUGGGGGCCGGUGGAGGCUCCAGCGGGGACCAAGGGGAGCCAGAGCCCAACGGCCUGGGAGGCGGAGGCUACCUCCAGGGCGCCUCGGCCGACAGCGGCAUCGACACCAGCUCGUACGGGGCCUCGCACCACAACCACCCGCACUCUCAUCACGGCAGCGCCACCUCCCUGCUCGCUCCCAGUGGAAGUCGAGAGAGCAGGGAGCGGUCGCCGUGGCACAGCCCCACUGAGGGUGGACGGAGAAUACUGGAGAGGUCACCCGCAGCUUCUGAGUCCCCAGUUCCUCCAGUAGAAAGGAGCCUAGAUAGCACUGGUCGAACUCCUCCUACUCAUCUCCUCGUUCGAGACAGCAGCACCUUCGGUCUGAGUGACGGUGGAUCUCACUCAAGACACAGUUCCCCUCGGGAAGAGUCCUCCUCAACCACUUCCCCAUCAUCUCAGUCUUCGGUGUCUCCUGGACCAAAGAGCUUUUACCCUCGCCAGGGAGCUCAGUCCAAGUACCUGAUAGGCUGGAGGAAGCCUGGUUCCACCAUCAAUUCGGUUGACUUCGGAGACACACGCAAGAAAUCGCCAGGGGAGAGUGGGUUGGAGGUUAUGCCAACGCCUGCAGCCAGGCCCUCUUUAAGGGACAUGCACUCUCCACAGGGCCAUGCUAAGUCUACGAUUGAAGAAGACGUGAAGAGGCACCCUGCUAAGGAUAGCCCUCUACCACCACGCAGAUAUAAGGAAAAGCAUGCGCAGAAAUCCCCACCGAGCCAGCCCCCCAGCCGCCGCCGCUCGCUCCAUCGCACUCUGUCCGACGAGAGCAUCUACCGCGGCCAGCGCCUUCCCUCUCUGACCGACUCCAUGAUGGAAGCGGCACUCGGCGCCGACGUUCUCUUCAGCUGCUCCACUCUCCCGCGCUCCCCCACCACCCGUGGCGUACCCCUUCGACGGCCCUCCUAUAAGCUGGGAGUCAAACUCCAUGGUGACCUCUCAGCAUCUGACACGUCAUUGGUGGAUUUGGUGGAGCGUCAUCGUGGGCCUCUGCCUCAGGAGCUGAUGCCCCUCCCAUCCUCUGAGAGGGACAGCCCACUUAACUGGACACACCUUGUGGAUGUGGCCAACACCUUUGACAGUGAAAGAAACACACACUAUGUCCAGAGAAGUUACGUGUUUGGGGAUUCAAACCACAGAAGCAGCGGUGCCUCCAGUCCUCAGCAGAGUCACAUAGAGCUACAGCCUGCUCCCAUGUCCCGGCCCGCAUCGAGUGAGGGUCACAUAGGACUGGAGAGAAAGGUGACCAAGUUAGAGGCCAUGGUGAAGAUGCUUCAAGAGGACCUGAAGAAGGAGCGUGACGAGAAGGGGCGGCUUCAGGCUCAGAUCAAGAGGCUGUGGGAGGACAACCAGAGGCUUCAGGAAGAGUCUCAGACCUCCGCUGCCAAGCUCAAGAAGUUCACAGAAUGGGUUUUCAAUACCAUUGACAUGAACUGAUACUCCCGAAGACACAUGAAUGGCAGUCCUAGUAAAAAAAAAUCCCACUCUGGUCGCCGAUUGAGUGUAAACAACAGUCACUCAUCUGCCCAUUUGAUUUAUUUAUUUAAAAACAAUUUUUUUUUAAAUUUAAUUUAAUUUUAUUUUUUUAAAUACAGUGACAUGAAAGGGAAUUCACUCGCUCCCUGCAGUCUGAAGGAACAACCGCUUCCAUCACUUACUAUACGGUGGACAUAAGCCAUUUUCUGACCUGCUGUGAUCCCACAAUGGAUGGGGACUUUCAUCUUUCCUUUUUUUUUUUUUUUUUUUUUUUUUCUCAGCUUGGGACAGCUUUUAUGGAAGAUUUUUUUUAGGUGCCAAACCCAACCCAACUGAGGUUAACUGAGGUAUUCGAACGACCUCAGUGGACUUCUUACAACGCACAAAGAAUGUAACAAUUCUUGCAGUCCCGACCACUUGCUGUUCACUGGAACACACUGCCGCACACCAUAAUGAGCUGCUUGCCCACCAAACUGUGGGGAAGGCUUUUCAUAUCCCCGCAACGGAGAAUGAAGAUGUUUGAGGCUGGAUUUUUAUCUUUUUCCCUGCACAACGCUGAUUGUUCUGAAUGCUACCCGGGGGCUUAUUGACUAAGCACUGAAGGGAAUCUUAUAAUUAUUAUUAUUAUUUUUUUUUUAAAUGUCAAUGUUAUUGUCUCCCGAAAGUGGAGAGCAGCAACUAGUGGAGAGCAGCAACUAAUCCGUGCUCGACAGUACAGACAGCCCCCCCCCCCCCCCCCCCCCCCCCACCGACGAUAGGAAUAUAGUUCAAAGCCAUCGGCAGCUGUGCCACGCCAUAACUUCACGACUUCUAUCCGGAAUGCUUUAUGUCUUAAAAGCAAUAGGGAGAAGACAGGAGAGAAUUCCCUGGAAAGAUUUUUAAAAGAUACUCUUAAACCCAACACAGCUACUCAUGAGCUUCGACCUCCUCUCCAUUUUAAAGCAGUGAACUUCCUUCUGUGAUAAAGAUGUGGGAAAAGACUCUGGAACAAUCUGGAAUAGUGGUAAUCUGAAUAUUUUUGUUUUUUUUGGGGGGGGGAAGGGGUGAUAAGUAAUGAAGGGUUUAUUUAUUUCCUUGUACUAUAAUUCCAAUAAAUAAGUUGCUCUAUUCGUACAGUACAACUGACAUCAGUGUUAAGUUCGUCAAGAAGGGGGGAAAAAAAACAACUCAGUAACUAUAUAAUUUAAUGGCUUUCUUUCUUAAUCCUGACUAUCUGCAUUUUAAUUCUGUAUUACGUUUCGUAGUGCUCGAGCCUGUUGUCGUGUUGCUUUCGACGCCCGCUAGUGAUGACCAGUGCAACUCUCAUGGUUCUUCAACAUGUCGCCAGUUUGUUCACCUUGUAUUUUUCCUCUUCGAACAUUCGCCGGGAGGCCUGCGUACAAAAACACGGUGGCGCAUCAGAAGCCAGCUUUGACUGACAAUCAAAGGUUGAUGUUUGGAGAAAGGGAGCUGACCUUUAGGUGCGAUUGUUCGGUUUACUUGUAAACUUUCCCUCAGGUGUGUGAACGUGAGGAUGCUUAGACAAUGGUCCAAAGGGUAUUUAACAAAAAAAUUAUCUAUCUUUGGAUACCACAAGGGGAAAAAAAAACUGUGGAGUGCGUGCGUGAAUGCACAUCAGUCUAUGCAGCUGUGCCUACAGUCACUUAAGGGUCAUUUUUCCUCCCAGGAUGAGUAGGGACGUACGUGCCUUUGAAACAGCACCUGGGCAACACAUGGAAGUGAAAGACUCCUCUUCAUUCUAACAGUUAAACGUACCUGGUAACACCCACCCACAAAAUCAAUUGCAUGUCACACUAAAGAUAACGUGGUCAGAAAAAAAAAAAAUGAAAAAGUACAUUACAUCCACAAUUAGUGUUUCUCUGGCAGGAUACAUUGUUUUUUACAGUCACUUUUCCACUAUAGUAGUUAACGAUUGAUUCCUUUUUGCACAAAAUCUAAAUUCUUAUGAGAGGCUCAGGCAUUAAGAGUGUAAACCAGUGUGUGUGUGCCUUUUGCAUUAAAUUCCAUACAGUAUGUACUCAAACAAGCUGUAAUAAACAAUUUUCAUUUAUGAUGCAACACAAAUAGCUUAAUAACUAAUUUAUUGCGCUAGGUGUCGGACUGCAACACGAAAGAGUUGUUGCUUACUGACAUAACAUUUAACAAUCCCACUUAGAAUCUCCUUAAGUUGAAUUCACAUUAAUAAUUGACACAUUAUUAUAUAUACAACCUGACUGCACAUGGCUCAUUCGCAUGAAUGUAGAAACUAACUGGCCUAAAGUAAUGUGAUGUUUACAUGACAUACAGGUGCAUCUCGAUAAAUUGAAAUAUGAUGGAAAAGUUUAUUUCAGUAAUUCAGCUAAAAAGCGAAGCUCUUAUAUUACAAAGAUUCAGUCAACACAAGGAAAAUACUUUUCAGAAGACCAAUUUCUAUCUAAUUUCUAUGUUAAAAACCAUUUGGAGUCUGUAAUAGUUCUUGAGCUGGUGAAUUUGGGGGUUUUGGUAGCUGAAAGAUAUAAUCCUAAUUCUGGGGGGAAAAAAAACAAACUCUGUAGUGAAUUUAAUAAUAAUUUAAAAUGUUUUAAGUGAACUACUGAAACUGUUUACGAGAUGCACCUGUACAUUUAGCUCAGUUCCACUUGUAGAAAUGAGCGAAUCAGAAAUUAAAAAAUGGUUCUGUUUUAAGAAUCACUAUAUAGAUCAUAGAUGCUAAUUGCUUGCCAGUCUAUCUGUAUUUAAGAUGGCAACAUGUUAUGAAUUGCUCCAGUCAUCCAAUACUGUGAAACACAAAUUACUCACAAAAAUCGAACACCACUGGCCAAAAAUGUCCUGUCACUUACUCCCCUGAAGAAUUGGCACUGUCCAAAUGGUAAAUGGGUAAUAAUCCAUGUUUUGUUGUACAUGCAAAGUGCUCUAGUUUUUGUAUUAUGAAUGAAGAAAGUCUGAGUGAUGAAGUGUGACGUGCAAAUAUUUUGCUUGCCAGUCCAGUCCAUCAAUCAGAAAAUCCAGUCCAUGUAUUAUUAUAAUUUUUUUGUAUAUGUCAACGUGUGUCAACGUGAAUUACUCAGACGUUCCAUUUUGUAAAAAACCUUUGCACAUAUUUUUUUGUCAAAUAGAUGGAGUUUACAUAUUUUGAAAGAGUGCGGGAAGGAUCCAUCCAUUCUGUGCAAUCUUUGUUAUUGAGAUGUGCUUUGCUGCUCUUUAGUUUUGCUAUUAUUGCAGUUUCUGACCAACAGAGGGAGGUGCUCGACUUUUCUUAUAAAAGGACAGAGAGGGGGAGGGGGGAAAAAAAAAAAAGGAAAUCCCGGUUAAUUUCGUUCCCAAAGCCACGCAAGCUGAUCGGACGAACAGGUUUGAAAAGAAUGAAUUCUGGAUUGAUGCUCGCCCCAGCUUGGUCAGCGAUUGCAGUAGUAGGAGGGUUUCGAUGAGUCAUGAUGUGAUGUAUCAUGCAGGACCGUAGAACUUUACAGGAUACAAAAUGCUGUGGAAAUCCUGUGUCUAUUGUUUAUGUAAAAUGUAAAAGUAUGGAAAACAGACAUUUGCAGUGAUCACAGUAUUAAAGUUUCUGAAACAAAUGCCGUUGUGCAUUCGUCAUGUC